AAUUUCAAGAGGUUUGGCGGUGAGGCAGCCUGGCCGUGUGAGAACAGAAACCUCCGCUGGCGAGCAGGAGAGCGGCUCUGGAGCAUCGGCCGCGAGCAGAGCUGGAACACGAGGAUUUAAAUGUCACUCAAAGCAUCCCCAGAUCAGCUUCUCGCUCGUCGCCUGUUUCUUCCGAGGCAUUAACUGGAUCACACGCUGCAUUUGAAGAGCUUGGGUGUUUUACCCGGUAAGGAAAUUUGCUCCAUCUCCAGCAGCAACCACUGCUCCUUUUGAUGUUGUGGUACGCCGUGCGCAUGCGCUUCACAUUAGAAUUACUGCACUGGCCAGAAUAAGUUGGAUCUCUUCUUCUCUUCACUGAAACCCUAAAUCAUAUCAAAAGCUAAAGGGAUGCUGAGAGUCCGGAGAAAGGGUUACUUUGGGAUUUGGUCAUUCCCUUUAAUAAUAGCCGCGGUGUGUGCACAGAGUGUCAAUGACCCUAGUAAUAUGUCACUGGUAAAAGAGACCGUGGAUAGACUGCUGAAGGGCUAUGAUAUUCGCUUGAGGCCAGAUUUUGGAGGUCCCCCAGUGGCUGUGGGCAUGAACAUAGACAUUGCCAGUAUAGAUAUGGUCUCGGAAGUCAAUAUGGACUAUACCUUGACAAUGUACUUUCAGCAAGCGUGGAGGGAUAAGAGGCUGUCCUACAAUGUGAUCCCUCUGAACCUGACUCUGGACAACAGAGUAGCUGACCAGCUGUGGGUGCCAGACACCUAUUUCCUCAAUGACAAGAAGUCCUUUGUCCAUGGGGUCACUGUGAAGAACAGAAUGAUUCGUUUGCAUCCAGAUGGAACAGUCCUUUAUGGACUCAGAAUCACCACGACAGCUGCCUGCAUGAUGGACCUGCGCAGAUACCCCCUGGAUGAGCAGAACUGCACGCUGGAGAUUGAGAGCUAUGGCUACACCACAGAUGACAUUGAGUUUUACUGGCGUGGGGGUGAUAAUGCUGUCACAGGAGUGACCAAGAUUGAGCUGCCCCAGUUCUCCAUUGUAGACUACAAGCUUAUCACCAAGAAUGUUGUUUUCUCUACAGGUGCCUACCCGAGGCUGUCUCUCAGCUUUAAACUUAAGAGAAACAUUGGCUACUUCAUUCUGCAGACCUACAUGCCUUCUAUUCUGAUCACUAUCCUCUCCUGGGUUUCCUUCUGGAUUAAUUAUGAUGCUUCAGCUGCAAGAGUUGCUUUAGGAAUCACAACCGUGCUCACAAUGACAACCAUUAACACCCAUCUCCGAGAGACUCUUCCCAAAAUUCCCUAUGUGAAAGCCAUCGACAUGUACCUCAUGGGCUGUUUUGUGUUUGUGUUCAUGGCCCUGCUGGAAUAUGCCCUGGUGAACUACAUCUUCUUUGGCAGAGGCCCCCAGAGGCAGAAGAAGGCGGCGGAAAAAGCCGCCAGUGCCAACAACGAGAAGCUGCGGAUGGACGUCAACAAGGACAGAAGAAUAAUUGGCACAUAUCAUUGUCCAGAAAUGUAUUCAACAAAGAUGGACCCCCACGAGAACAUUUUGUUGAGCACCCUGGAGAUCAAGAACGAGAUGGCAGCCUCGGAGGCCGUGAUGGGGCUGGGAGACCCCCGCAGCACCAUGCUGGCCUACGACACCUCCAGCAUCCAGUACCGCAAGGCCGGGCUGCCCCGGCACAGCUUCGGCCGCAACGCCCUCGAGAGACACGUGGCCCAGAAGAAGAGCCGGCUACGGAGAAGGGCCUCGCAGCUCAAGAUCACCAUCCCGGACUUGACUGACGUCAACGCCAUCGAUCGGUGGUCCCGCAUCUUCUUCCCCGUGGUUUUUUCCUUCUUCAAUAUUGUCUAUUGGCUUUACUAUGUGAACUAAGAGACAAAGCCACGCAGGAAGCAAGAACUGGAUUUCUCUUCAAACCGGUUGUACAGCCA